UAAAAGGGGGUUUAUUUAUAAAAGGAAAUAAUAAAGCUAAAUAGGUUACAAAUAUAAUAAUGGACAUACAUUAAUAUAGUAUAAUUUAUAAUAUAUAUAUAUAUAUAUUUGUAAUACAUCCAUCAUUCAUAUGCUCCUCUAGCAAUUACAUCUGGUUCCAAUCAAAUUCCCCUCAAAAAAAAAAAAAAAAAAAAAAAUGAGGUCACUCCUAUUUUCAAUUGCCUUUAUUUUCACCAUAACAUUCUUAUUCAAACAUUGUUCAUCCCAAAUCCUACCUGAUGACAAUAAAACCUUCCUAGAUGGCCAUAACGCUGCUCGUCGCGAUGUCGGGGUGGAUCCAUUUACAUGGGACAAAAAGCUUGAAGCCUAUGCUAAAGACUUUGCUAACAAGAAGAAACCUAGUUGUUCAACAGACUUGGGUUCAAAGAUACCAUAUGGUAUAAACCUUGGUUUAGGUUAUGGUUACUUGACUAGUGGUCAAACGUUUAAUACAUGGGUUGGUCAAAAGUCCGAUUAUAACUACACAUCAAAUUCUUGUGCCAAAGGUAAAGAUUGUUCGGCUUAUACACAGAUUGUUUGGCGUAAAUCGGUUCGUCUCGGGUGUGCUAGUGUUAAUUGUGGUUUAUGGCCUUUAUUUGUAUGUGUUUAUGAUCCUAAGGGAAACAUUCCAGGAGAAAAACCUUAUUAAUAAUCAAUCAUUAUGUAGUUCUAUAUCAUAUUAUCAUGUACUUCUUGCUUUGUUCAAUCAAUUAAAGUGCUUUUUGAUGAGUUCUUUAAUUUGAUUGAUAACAAAGAUGAU